UGUUUGCAAGGUCGCCAAGAUGGCGGACAAAAAUGUCCCUGCAAACCCAUCAUCGGGAUCCAAGGUCCCUGCGCCUCCUACUCCUGACAUACCGCGUGAAAAUGAAAAGCUUCAUGAGUAUAAGGAUCGUAUACAGCGAGAAACGCAAAUUCAUAGGGGGAGUCGUUACCCACCAAUGAAUAUCGAACAUAUGCCAUUCGAACGACAGCGACUGUCCAAGCCAAUGACAGCAGAAGACCGGUUUCUUCGCAAGCAGUGGCUUUCUGAACAGGCUAUGGCCGCUAAUGAGCCUGUCUUUGUCAGACAGGCCAUUCCUAUGAAUAUUUUCAGAAGAACGUAUCGGUAUCCAUGGGAUGUCAUAGAAAAGGGCUUAUCCAAAGUCAUGAAUCCGUUAUAUGCCUCCUUCAUCAGAGUGAAUGCUCCCAAGUUGAUGUUGCUUGGUGUCGGAAUAGUGUACUCCUUCUACUAUGUGAGAUAUAAUUAUAGGAUCUGGGAGAGGUUUGCUGGUCCCGAUUUGUUUAUAACCAGAGUGAACAGAUAUCCGGGUCAGGAUCCAUCUACAUUUAUUCCGGAGGCUGUAAUGGGUGAUUGCAACUUCAGCAAGAGGAAGGCAUUGAGGGACUAAACCAGAAGUUUUAACAUAAGAAUAUGUAAAUAUCCAUAAAGGAUGUUAGAUACUAUAAAAGAAACAGCAGAAUGAUGCCAUCUGGGCUUGAUUUGUUGUGAAAAUACCGUGUGGAUAUAAGAACUAGUUUAAAUGAUUUGACAUGCUGACAUGUACAUGUAUGUUUUGGUGGCUGAAGUUUUGUAGUUGUUAUAAAUUAACAUGUUAUACAUGAAAGUGUUUAGAAAUAAAUAAUAUGAAGUGAA